ACCUUCACUUUGACCGUACAGUGCCAUGUAUUUCCCUACAGUUCCCGACAUGACAUCGACUUGAAGCGGUGGUGGAGAGUUUGGCUUAAUGUCAAGAGAACAUAUAAUUCACCUAGCGCCGCGUGUUCUCAGUUACGGGAAGUAAAAGACCUCCGCUUCAGAAAUUCAGCCAUGAAGAAACUUUGGACCAAAGCAAGUGUUCUGGGUUCGAUGUCGGUGGCUUUUGGUUCAAUGCUGUGGUACCAGAAGAAAGCUGAAUCGGACCAGCUGGUUUGCAGUCACACCUCUGCUGAUACGAAUCCCCCUUCUCCCUACGAACUGAAAUUGGUUCAAGUCCUGUUCCGACAUGGUGCACGAACGCCGCUGAAGUCGAUACCUGGUGUUAUGGAGGUCCAAUGGGUGCCAACCCUCUUGGAGCCUCCGGCACACACCCAAAUCAACUACAAGGUGACAGACCUUCAUGGGGGCCCAAGACCACCAGCUCCAGUAGAAGAGAGCUAUCGGAAGAACGUUCUGAACGGUGGCACGUUCCCCGGUCAGCUGACCGCGGUGGGCAUGCAGCAGCUGUACGAGCUGGGCAAGAGGCUGAGGAGGACGUACGUUGAGGAGACCCAUUUCCUCAGCUCCACCUUUAGCCCUGCUGAGGUCUAUGUGCGUUCCACAAACAUUCUGAGGACCAUUGAAUCCGCCAGGUGCCUCGUAGCAGGGCUCUUCCUGCAAAAACAGACAGAAACUGUCCCUAUUUUCACAACGGACGCCGGUUCGGAAAUCCUCUACCCGAAUUACCACGGAUGCCAGCUGCUCAAAAUCCUUGCAAGCCCCCGCUGGGCAGAGGCCUCCACCCUGCCAGACAUCGCAGCGGACCUGCAGAGCGUCCACAGCGCGCUGGGCAUCGCCCCUCGCCUGCCCGUCGACUUCAUCCUCAUUAGGGACGACAUGGUCGCCAGAGAGACGCACGGCCUGCCCUGUCCAUCAGCGCUGGGCACCUGGAAGAGCAAAGUGGAGCAGAGAGCUGUGGACAUGAUGUGCCAUGUCUAUGAACACAACGGCAGCAUGGAGAACUUGCAGCUGUGUGUGGGACCCCUUCUGCACUCGCUGUUAACCAACAUUGAGGGGAAACUUGAGGGCACUUCAUCAGAGGCAGACAGGAAGCUGUUUUUGUACUCCGCACAUGAUACCACUUUGAUUCCGUGUUUGAUGGCUCUGGGGAUUUUCGACAUGAAAUGGCCACCGUUUGCUGCUGACAUCACCGUAGAGCUGCACCAACACCGGCAGACCAACAAGCCCUUUGUUAAAGUGUCCUACGUAGGCCAGGAUCAACUUCUCCCGGGUUGCAGUGGAGUCUACUGUCCCCUGGAACAGUUCAAGCAGGUCCUCUCAGCGUACUCACUGAGCUCCGAGGUCCACCGCUCGCGGUGUAACAGCACCAAGGGGGCGGCUGAAUCCUGAACCCUCAGCACAGCGCUAUCACUGCAUCACACUCUGACGGGAACCACACAUCAUGUUUGGUCUACUUCCUCCACUCUCACUCCAUCCGGCCACCACCUUCACCACCUGCAGGGAAAGCACAUCAUGUUUUGCAUCAGACUCUUAUGUCAUAGUUCCUCAUCUCUGUGUAACCAAGGCAGUGAAAUGUUCAGAUUCAAGUAGAUGGAUUUGAUGGCUCUGGCAUGUAGACAAGUAUAAGCAAAAAAUUUUUUUCGCAAACUUUGCGUGUGACACGACAUGCUUUGUGCAUCCAGGUUUGUUUGCAGGCACUGAACAAUCAAGGCUCUGAAAAAGAAAAGAAAAAAACACCAAUACCAUCAACGUCGACCCGGUUUCUAACAGUCAUGAAUCUUUAAAAGAAAAUGACAAAUGUUUACUUUCAUUUGAGGCACAGGGUAAUAAACUACUUCAGGGUUGGCUAAACAGGUUUUUUUUUUUUUUUGAAUUAUGUGGCGCCAAUGCCGUAAUCUGGAGCAAUAGUUCUUCCAAUUGGGUUGGUUUGACAAUAAAAUCUUUCAUAUUCAAUCAUUUUGUUUCUAAUGAGUCCAUACACUGGAUCAAUUGUAGGGGCUUCUUCAUUUGUCGGAGGUGAAUGUCUUCAUAAACAUGUAGAAUCUGCUGAAGCGGAAUAAUUCUGUUACGUUUAGUUUGGAGGAUGAAAAAUUAAGCUGCCUUAAUGUGGGGAUUAAUUUAUAGAGGAAUAAAUUCCCAUCACAUUAACCUGUUACAA